AUGAUUUCUUCACUUUUGGCAACAAUCAUCUUUUUAUGGCAUUUUGCACUAGCAGAAUUAUACAAGCCAGCUAAUUCUAUUCAAUGUUCCCAUUCUGCACAAUGUCCCCAAGACUGGCCAUGUUGUUCGCAAUAUGGUGAAUGUGGUGCUGGGCCAAUGUGUAUCAUUGGUUGUAACCCAAAAUUUUCAUUUCAUGAAGAUAGUUGUACACCAAUGCCCGGCUUGAUUUUUCCAGAUAAUCUGUAUUACAUGUCAUCGUACUCCAGUGAGUCAAAGAAGAAUAACAAUCCAAGUGUUCUCAAUAAAAUUGAGAAAAGAGAUUUAAAUAGAGAAUAUAAUUUCCAUAGUUUUGAGAGAAUGAAUCCUACCGAUGACAUAACAAUAAACAAUGUUGGAUUAAAAAUGAAACAGAGACGCUUUAUCAACCAUGUCGAAUAUUUAAUGACAAGUAAUGAUACGGAAGCAGAAAUUAUGCUACAAGAAUAUGAUUUUACAUAUAGUGGGUUUACUGACAUCGACAAUUCAACAGAUGAAAUUAUAUUAAAAAUGCCAAAAAAGUCUACUGGAAGUUUACUGAGUUCUGCUAGAGUAAUGCUAUAUGGAAAAAUAUCCAUAAAUAUGAGAACAGCAAGAUCUAGAGGUGUAAUAUCGGCAAUAGUAUUGAUGUCAGCUACAGGCGAUGAAAUUGAUUUUGAGUUUCUUGGAGGUGACCUCUUUGGUGUUCAGACAAAUUAUUAUUCUCAAGGUGAAUUAGUUUAUUCGAAUAUGCACCAUCACCAUGUAUUUCCGGACACCAGUCAAAAUGACCAUUUAUACGAAAUCGAUUGGAAAAGGGACCAUAUUACUUGGUUGAUCGAUGGCAAGGAAGUUAGAAAAUUGUAUAAAAAAGAUACUUGGGAUCCAUCUUUAAGAAAUUAUAAAUAUCCUCAAACUCCCAUGAGGUUAGAAGUUGCAAUUUGGCCUGGAGGUGCUGAAACCAACGCUUUAGGUACGAUCGCUUGGGCUGGUGGACCCAUUGAUUGGGAGAAUUCUGAGGACAUGAGAACCACAGGCUAUUUCCAUAUCGAUAUAAAUGCUAUACAGAUGAUUCCAUUCCAAAAUAAAUUCACAAAUGUAUUCGAAGAGUGUUAUAAUGCUUUGGAUGACGACGAUAAAAUUAUACCUGACGUUGCUAUACGAAAUACGAAAGCAGUGUAUAUUUACGAUGGAAUUCAAAAUAAAUUUGCCAAUGAAGGUAGUUUAUCUAUAAAUUGUAAUCAUAUUACUCGAAUAAAAGGGUACUCAAAUUCGAAUUUAAAUUCUUUAGGAAUAGAUUACAAUAAAAUUUAUAGACUUAACGAUAUACAAUCUGGAGAGAGAAGUUUGAAUGAAAUAGCCAGAAGAGAUGAAAGAAUAAACAAUAGAAACAUAAAUAAAAAAUCAUCCAUUGUACCCAACUUAAUAAAUAAUGAGUUGCUAAAGAAUAAUAUCAAUACCAUUACUUCGAAUAGUGACUCGUUAUAUAAAUGCUUUAAUCCCAUUUUUAUUGUAUCGAAACUCAUGGAGCAAUAUUUGAGCUAUAUCUUUUUUGAUUGGUGGCACUGA